UGCCAAAAAACCGCAAAAGCGCUCCCAAAUUUGAAAUUUGAACUUUUCAUCCAAACACACCAUCUCACUCUCAGACUCCCAAGGCUCUCAUCUUUCACAUACCAUUUCCCAAAUCUUCGUACAAAAAUGGGCGGAGCUCACAGCCGCGAACACCUCGAGCUUUCCGACUCCGACGAGGAAGAGAGCGAAGAGCAGGAGAGCUACGAGGACGUGGAGGAAACUGAAGCCGACCAGCGCCAGAGAUCCGCCGAGCGGGGAAACAAAACGCCGUCGUCGGCUGCAUUAGACGACGUGGACGCCAAGCUCAAGGCUUUGAGUCUCAAGUACGGGUCUUCUUCCAGGAACACGAAUCUGAAGAAUCCGGUGAAGCUGUACCUCCACAUUGGAGGGAACACCCCAAAAGCGAAAUGGGUAACUUCCGAAAAACUCACUUCUUUCAAUUUUAUUAAGACAUCUCGAAUGGAGGUUGAUAAUGAUGAGGAGGAAGAGGAAGAAGAGGAAUUUGAUGAGGAGGGUUUGUGGGUUUUGAGGGUGGGGGCCAAAGUUAAGGCUAAGGUAUCGGCAGAGAUGCAAUUGCUCACUUUUGCCGAUCAGCGGCGUGUCGAUUUCUUUGCCAGAGGCGUGUGGGCAAUGAAGUUUUUCAGUGAUGAGGAGUAUAGGGCUUUUGUGAUUAAGUACAAUGACUGUUUGUUUGAGAACACUUAUGGGUAUGAGGCCACUGAGGAGAACAGGGUGAAGGUUUAUGGGAAAGAUUUUGUUGGGUGGGCGAAGCCCGAAAUGGCGGAUGAUUCGGUCUGGGAAGAUGCGGAGGAUAAUUUUUUGAAGAGCCCUGGCUCAGCAACACCAGUGAGGGGAAAUCAGAAUUUGAGAGAGGAGUUUGAGGAGGCCCACAAUGGCGGUAUACAGAGCUUGGCAUUAGGUGCAUUGGACAAUAGUUUCUUGGUGGGGAACUCUGGCAUUCAGGUUGUUAAGAAUUUUGCUCAUGGAAUACACGGUAAAGGUGUUUAUGUGAAUUUUGAUGAUGGGAGCUAUGGAGGCGGUUCAAAUUUGGCACGGUCUACACCUAGGAAGGCUCUGCUGAUGAAGGCCGAGACUAACAUGCUCCUUAUGAGUCCGAUGAAUGAAGGGAAGCCUCACACAACCGGGCUCCAUCAGCUUGAUAUCGAAACCGGGAAGGUUGUUACUGAGUGGAAGUUUGAGAAAGAUGGAGCUGACAUUACAAUGAGGGAUAUCACAAAUGAUAGUAAGGGAGCACAGUUGGACCCCUCAGGAUCGACAUUCUUGGGUUUGGAUGACAACAGGCUUUGCCGGUGGGAUAUGCGUGAUAGGAAGGGAAUGGUUCAGGACCUUGCAGCUUCUAGUGGUCCUGUUCUCAAUUGGAACCAAGGGCAUCAGUUCUCAAGAGGGACUAACUUUCAGUGCUUUGCUAGCACUGGUGAUGGCUCAAUUGCUGUUGGGUCGCUUGAUGGGAAGAUCAGGUUGUACUCGAUCAAUUCGAUGAGGCAGGCGAAAACUGCUUUUCCAGGCCUUGGUUCACCUAUUACUCAUGUUGAUGUUACUUUUGAUGGGAAGUGGAUUUUGGGCACAACGGACACCUAUUUGAUCCUCAUCUGCACAGUCUUUACUGAUAAGGAUGGCAAGACAAAGACUGGUUUUAGCGGGCGUAUGGGAAAUAGAAUUUCAGCUCCAAGACUGCUGAAGCUGACUCCCCUGGAUUCACAUUUGGCGGGCACAAAUAACAAGUUUCGUAAUGCUCAGUUUUCGUGGGUCACGGAGAACGGGAAGCAGGAGCGACAUCUGGUUGCAACUGUGGGCAAAUUUAGUGUGGUUUGGAACUUUCAACAGGUGAAAGAUGGCUCACACCAGUGCUACCGCAACCAGCAGGGCUUGAAGAGCUGCUACUGCUACAAGAUAGUCCCCAAGGAUGACUCCAUUGUCGACAGUCGCUUCAUGCAUGACAAGUUUGCAGUUACUGACUCACCUGAGGCCCCACUUGUGAUUGCAACCCCUCUGAAAGUCAGCUCCUUCAGCAUAUCCAGUACCAAUAGACAAUUGUCUCUGCAGUGAACUUUCUAAUUUUCUAUUAAGAACUUACACUUGUAUUUGUUUUUUUUUUUCCCGUCAAGUAUUUGUAGGGUAUACUCUUUAAGCUAGGUCGUGCCGGUAAUGAACUAUGUUGAAUUGUACUCAUGUUCUGAAGGAAUUUCAAUGGUAAUCUAAUGAUUUCCAGCAAUAAUAGUGCUUUAAUUCUUGUUGAA